AUGUGUUUUUUGAUUAUUGUUUUGUUAACAGAAAUAAAUGGUACAUGCAAUAGUAAGAAUAAGAUUUUAUCAAUUGCAAGUGGAACAUCAUUUGGCCGAUGUAUUACUUAUUGUCGUCGAUCAAUUAAUAUAACUUCAAAUCCAUAUGAAUUAAUUGCUUUAAAAGAACCAAAUUUUGCUCAAACUCAAUAUCCAUCUGUACAACAACAAUAUCCAAUUUCAUCAGAUGAAUGGCAAAAAUUAAUUAGUCUUAUUGAUUCAAAAAGUUUUCAAACUUUAAAUGAUACAAUUGGAUGUCCAGAUUGUGCUGAUGGAGGAGCUGAAUGGAUUCAAAUUAAUUGGUUGAAGAAAAAUAAACAAGUUACUUUUGAAUAUGGAAAAUUAAUUCAAGGUUUUGAAGGUCUUAUUAAUGAAUUACGAAGUCUUAGAGAUAAAUAUGUCAAUAAUCUUUAA